AUGUCUGAACAUUCUCAUUCUUCGUUGUCCCAAUCGAAAAGAAUAGCUCACUCCCUCCCACAUAAUCAAGAAUAUACCGAACAAUUCAACUGCGUCAAAUGCGAUCGAGAAGAUAGCUUCGAUGAAAUGGUACAAUGUGAUAAAUGUGACCAUUGGUAUCAUUUUGUAUGUGCUGACGUACAUGGCGAUGACGUCGAGGACAAAGAGUGGAUCUGUCCAAAAUGUUUAAAAACUUCAGCUACACAUCUUCCAAAAUCAGUUACUUCACGUCACGGCCAACCUGCAAUGCCAAAAGGUCAAAAGCAACAUGUGCAAGCAUCAUCAACGGCCAAAGCAAAUCCGCCAGAGGUGUUAGACUGCCAAGAUACAAGAUCCAAACCACUGUCCAAAGCCGCUCAUUCUGAAUGCUCAAGAAAAUCACGAUCGUCAGUGAAGUCUGUACAGCUACAGCUUAAGAAAUUAGAAGAAGAACGCUUGCUUCAAGAAAAAAGAGAUCGAGAGUAUUUGCAGAAAAAAUAUGAAAUUCUCGAACAGCUUCCAUCGGACAAUGAUGAGGACAUUGAUGAUGAUCUUGACAUUUGUGAGAUAGAGGACAGAACGUCCAAAUGGGUGGAAACAGUGAAACGAACCACAGGUGAUUCACCUGCAAGAAAGCCCUCUAAGCUUUUAAAUCCUCAGCCACAAAUUACAUCCCACACUCUACAACAGAUAGACGAAAAUCCAACUAAUCCGAACAAUGCACAAGACGAGAAUGCUCAACCGCUCAUAAUGCGCUCCAAUGAAGUUGGAACUAUACCUGGCCAUACUUUCAAUGCGCCAAAAAUAAAUUCCCUUCAUCUAGCAGCAAGGCAUGCAAUGCCUAAAGAGCUACCUAGCUUCAGCGGCAAUCCAGAAGACUGGCCGCUUUUCAUUAGUUGUCUGGAAAAUUCAACACGUUCGUGCGGAUACACAAAUGAUGAAAAUCUUAUGCGACUCCAGCGCUGCUUGAAAGGUAAAGCCUUAGAAGCAGUGCGCUAUAGACUCUUAUACCCUGAAAACGUUCCAUCAAUUAUAUCUACUCUGCAGAUGCUGUACGGUAGACCUGAUGUCAUCAUACAUUCACUUUUAAAUAAGAUCCGUAAUGAGCCUGCUCCAAGAGCUGAUAGGCUAGAUACACUUGUGACGUUUUCCUUUGCAGUACAAAAUAUCCAUGCCAUCAUGGAAUCUAAACAUUUAGAGUCUCAUAUUGCAAACCCAUCUUUACUCCAAGAAUUGACUGAAAAGCUUCCCGCGUCUAUACGACUUAACUGGGGUAUACACAAGCAAACUUUAGAUGCUGUUAACUUAUCUACAUUCUGCACAUGGUUAAGUUCAAUAGCUAGAGCAGCAGUUGAGGUGUCACCGUCUACUCCAUUUAGAAAUACGGAAUCUAAAUUUGAAAGACGCUCUCCAAGUACAAAAACCUAUUUAAACACGCAUCAAGAAAUAGAGACACGAAAUAAACCAUCCCGAAAAUGCAAAAUUUGCAAUGGCAAUUGUGACCAUGUUGAAAAUUGUCAUAAAUUUAUAUCCAUGACACUAAAAAAUAAAUGGUCAGCUGUAAAUGAAUUUCAUCUUUGCCGAACAUGCCUACGUCCUCAUGGUAAGAGUCGUUGUACUUCUACAAAAAAAUGCGGUCAAAACGGUUGUGUAUUUAAGCAUCACAGUCUAUUGCAUAAGUUUGAUACAGAUGAAAGUACACCAUCGACUUCAAUCAACAGCAACAAAAACAACCAAGAUCAAAACAGUACAAAUGGAACCCAAUUUAAUUGUCACGUUCACAAAUCCGAAAAUCGUUUAACAAUAUUUAGAAUUAUCCCUAUAACCCUAUAUAGUAGCAGUGCACGAUUUGAAACCUUUGCUUUCCUAGAUGACGGUUCGUCCAUAACCCUUAUGGAUGAAGAACUUGCCUCAAUUCUAGGCCUCGAUGGUGAAGCUGAACCUUUAUGCCUAAAAUGGACAUCUGACACUCAUCGUAUGGAAGAAGGGUCACAAAAAGUUAGUGUGAAAAUCUCCGGCACUGGAAUAAAAAACAAAUACGAGCUAUCAAAUGUACGUACUGUAAAAUCAUUGGACUUACCCUCACAAUCAAUUGACGCGGAUACAAUGAAGGAUAAUUAUCGACACUUAAAAGGUAUUCCCAUAUCCUCUUACUUGAAUGCAAAACCAAGAAUUUUAAUAGGGUUAGAUCACUGGAACCUGGCUGUUUCGUUGCGUACUCGUGAGGGGAAAAAUAAUGAACCAGUAGUCACUAAGACAAGACUAGGAUGGGUAGUACAUGGCGUCUGCGAAGAACAAAAGGGGUCACAACAAAAACAUUAUAAUUUUCACGUUUGUGAAUGCCAACCACACCUAGAUGACGAGCUUCAUCAACUCGUUAAAAAACAAUUUAAUAUAGAGAACGUUGACGCGAAAUCCGUAAAAAAACUAUUUUCAACAGAUGACACGAAGGCAAAACAAAUUUUGGAAACGCAAUGUUAUCGCGAUGGAAACCGGUUUAUUGUCCCACUUUUAUGGAGAAACGAUAAUGAUAUACUGCCUGAUAGCCGUCGUAUGGCUGAGCGGCGUUUAAAAUGCUUAGAGUCCAGAAUGUCUAAAGAACCUGCACUAGCCACAAAGCUCCAGCAAGAAGUUGCUAAAUAUUUAAAAAAAGGCUAUGCAAGAAAGCUCUCUAAAGAGGAAUCUGAUGAGCGAACACCACGAACGUGGUAUCUGCCAGUUUUUCCAGUGCUUAAUCCGAGUAAGCCUAAUAAAGUCCGUAUGGUGUGGGAUGCUGCAGCGAAGGUUGAUGGCGUUUCACUGAACUCAGUUUUACUGAGUGGGCCUGAUACUCUUCCGUCAUUAGCUGCUGUUCUUUAUCGAUUUAGAGAGCGAAAAAUAGGCAUAUGUGCUGACAUUAGAGAAAUGUUCCACCAGAUUUUAAUAAACAGAAAUGAUCAAAACGCUCAAAGGUUUUUGUGGAGAAACCCAACAACGAAGCAAAUUGAGGAAUACAUUAUGAGAGUAAUGAUAUUUGGAGCAACAUGUUCUCCAUAUUGUGCUCAAUUUGUAAAAAACAAAAAUGCAACUGAGUACUUGGACGAUUACCCAAGAGCUGCAAAAGCUAUAAUUGAGAACCACUACGUCGACGAUUAUCUCGACAGUGUCGACUCCGAAGACGAAGCGGUUGAGUUAGCGCGAGCUGUAAAAUAUAUUCACUCAAAGGCUGGAUUUGACAUUCACAAUUUUAUUUCAAAUUCACCAAAUGUCUUGCGUGCUCUCAAUGCCGAAAUAAAUGACCACACAACAAAAAAUAUUACUGAUGGGAACAUUUCAAAUAGUCAUGAAAAAAUACUGGGAAUGUGGUGGUCGAACAACAGUGAUACCUUUUCCUUUUUAUUCAAAUGUCCAAAGCUGAAACCGGGCAUUCUGUCAGGCCAAAUAUGUCCAACAAAAAGAGAAGUUUUGAGGUCAUUAAUGAGCAUCUUCGACCCACUUGGAUUGAUUACAAAUUUUUUAGUAAGGCUAAAAAUAUUAUUACGAGAAAUCUGGCGAUCAUCGGUACAGUGGGAUGAAAAAAUACGUGAGCAACACUUUGUAGAAUGGUGUGAUUGGGUGGACCACCUCCCUAUGGUACAAAGGCUAGUGAUUAAUCGUCCGUACAUAAAUAUGAUUGAAUAUAAGACAAAACCUAACGUUCAAUUACACGUGUUUGUGGAUGCAAGUGAGAACGCAUUCGCAGCAGUUGCAUACCUUCGUUUCUCAUCCGGCUAUCUAAUUGAAUGUGCUCUCGUUGGUGCAAAGGCAAAAGUUGCACCGCUUAAAGAUACGUCUAUACCUAGAUUAGAACUAGAAGCUGCAGUAUUGGGUGUCCGUCUUUCUAAGUCUAUUCGCGAGGGUCAUUCAAUAUCCAUAGAUAAGAUUAUUUUCUGGUCUGAUUCAAAAACAGUCCUUUAUUGGAUUAGGUCAGAAGAUCGCCGCUAUAAGCACUUUGUAGCAUUUAGAAUCGGGGAAAUUAUCGAAGCAUCUGACCCUAAUGAUUGGAGGUGGAUUCCAACAAAAGAAAAUGUGGCAGACGAGGCCACAAAAUGGAAACGUCACAUGAAAUUUGAGUCUGAAUGCAGAUGGUAUAAGGGGCCUUCAUUCCUUUACCAACAGGAAGAUCAAUGGCCAAGAGAUGAAUCCCUUCAAUUUAUCACUGUAGAGGAAGCUAGGGUGAAUUUCGUUCAAAACGUUUCAAAAACUAAUGCAAGCAUUAUUGAGUACACUCGUUUUUCUAAAUGGAAUAGACUUUUACGUUCACUUGCCUAUGUUUUUAAAUUCAUCGACAUUAAGUGUCGUAAAAGAGCGGCAGACGAACUGAUUCCUUUAUCCACAGAUGAUUUGAAGCGCGCACAAAACUACUUGUAUCGACAAUGUCAAUUAGAGGCAUAUCCAGCAGUAGUCGCCUUCUUGAAAAAUAAACAAAAUUAUUCGACUCUAGAAGAGACAAAUCCACUCUAUCAGCUUUCUCCUUAUAUGGACUCCAAUGAUGUCAUCCGGAUAAAUGGGCGUAUUGACGCUGCAAAUGAUAUUCCAUAUGACACAAAACGACCUAUUAUCCUGCCUAAACAUCAUUAUGUCACUCAUUUAAUCAUUGAUGCAGUUCAUCAACGUUUAUAUCACCAACAUAGCGAAACCGUCAUUAACGAACUGAAGCAACUUUACUACAUUACAUCACUUAGAACUACGGUAAGGAAAGUGAUAAAUAAAUGCCAGGACUGCAGAAACAAAAAAUCAAAACCUAUUCCCCCACUUAUGGGUGAACUUCCACCCAGCAGAUUGAAAUCGUUUAAUCGUCCGUUUUCCUACAUCGGGAUAGAUUACUUCGGACCAAUGAAUGUGAAAGUUGGAAGGCACUUAGAAAAGAGAUGGGGUGUUAUUAUUACUUGUAUGACCAUCCGCGCAAUUCAUAUUGAAGUCGCGCAUAGUCUAUCUACCGAUUCAUGUAUCUUAGCGAUUAAGAGGUUCAUGGCUCGUAGAGGCACACCAUUGGAGAUAACUAGUGAUAAUGGGACAAACUUUCGGGGUGCAAGCAGAGAACUUAAGGAUGCAGUCGAACAGAUCGAUCACUCAAGAAUAGCUAAUGAAUUCGUUAGUGCAGAUUUAAGAUGGAGGUUCAUACCGCCAGCAUCGCCACAUAUGGGGGGGAGUUGGGAGCGAAUGGUUCGUUCAGUGAAGCAAGUUUUAGCAAAUAUGCAACCAUCUCGAAAUCCUUCAGAUGAAAUUCUUUUGAGUAUGAUGGCUGAAGUCGAAAAUAUUAUUAAUUCCAGGCCAUUAACUUAUGUUCCGUUAGACUGCGACAGCGAUGAGGCCUUAACGCCGAAUCAUUUUUUAUUGGGUUCAUCGAGUGGCAAAAUUCAUUUUGGCGAAUUCAACGACGAUAGUAUUGUUCUCAAAAAAGGGUGGAUGACAUGUGAACAAUUUGCCAACUCAUUUUGGAGGCGUUGGGUGCAAGAGUACCUACCAACCUUGACUAAGCGAACAAAAUGGUUCAACCCCACCAGACCAAUCAGUAUCGGUGAUGUUGUUAUCGUAGUAGACAAACAGUUUCCGAGAAAUCAAUGGCCAAAAGGAGUAGUCACCAAGGUGUUCCCAGGGAAGGACGGCCAAGUACGAAGUGCCCUCGUACAAACAUCAUCAGGAUGCUACACGAGACCCGCUACCAAGCUUGCAAUCUUAGAUGUCAAUGGGCCAGGUUUGGAUCUAGAUGGUAACCAGGAACAGGGCUCCAGCUUACCAGGGGGGAGUGUUGGCAAACCUGGCAACGCUGACACCUCCCAACUUAAGAUAUAA